AUUUAAGUAAAGGCAAAGGCGUCAUUACCACUUCCAUUUUUCAUACAGAGGGAGCCACUUUUAUAUUUAUUAUGAGUUUUGACAUGUUUUGAUGAGGUUGAUUCGGUUGGACAGUAGAAGAAGUAGGUGAUUAUUUGUCCAAGAUACGGAGGAAAAUUAGCUCAUUUAACAAGAUUUAAUUACUUGUAAUAAACAAUAUGUAUGAACAAGAUGAAGAUCAGUUCGAAGAUGAGGACGCCGAAGAAAUCAGUUCGGAAUUGUGGCAGGAAGCCUGCUGGAUCGUUAUUAACGCAUACUUUGACGAAAAGGGCCUGGUUCGACAGCAGCUUGAUAGUUUCGACGAAUUUAUUCAAAUGUCCGUACAACGGAUUGUCGAAGAUUCGCCACAGAUCGAUCUUCAAGCAGAAGCACAACACACAAGUGGUGAAGUCGAAAACCCUCCUCGGUACUUGUUAAAGUUUGAACAAAUUUACCUUUCUAAGCCUACACAUUGGGAAAAAGACGGUGCACCUUCGCCUAUGAUGCCUAACGAAGCCAGGCUACGUAACUUAACCUAUUCUGCCCCUUUAUACGUUGAUAUCACAAAAACAAUAGUAAAAGAUGGCGAAGAUCCCAUAGAGACCCAACAUCAAAAAACAUUCAUUGGAAAAAUUCCCAUUAUGUUGCGUUCCACAUAUUGUCUACUAAGCGGAUUAACUGAUCGUGAUUUAAUGGAACUUAACGAAUGUCCCUUAGAUCCUGGUGGCUAUUUUAUUAUUAACGGCUCAGAAAAAGUCUUAAUUGCGCAGGAGAAAAUGGCAACAAACACUGUUUAUGUAUUUGCAAUGAAGGACGGGAAAUAUGCCUUCAAAUCGGAAAUUCGCUCAUGUUUGGAACAUAGUUCCCGUCCCACAUCGACACUUUGGGUCAACAUGAUGGCGAGAGGUGGUCAGGCCAUAAAGAAGGCGGCCAUCGGUCAACGGAUCAUCGCAAUUUUACCGUAUAUCAAACAAGAAAUUCCGGUCAUGGUCGUAUUUCGUGCACUCGGUUUUGUGGCCGAUCGAGAUAUAUUGGAGCAUAUCAUUUAUGACUUUGAGGAUCCCGAGAUGAUGGAAAUGGUUAAACCGUCUUUAGACGAGGCCUUUGUUAUUCAAGAACAGAAUGUCGCUUUAAAUUUCAUCGGUGCAAGAGGGGCAAGGCCGGGUGUCACUAAAGAGAAACGUAUUAAAUAUGCUAGAGAAAUUUUACAGAAGGAAAUGUUGCCACAUGUUGGCGUUUCUGAUUUCUGUGAGACAAAAAAAGCUUAUUUCUUGGGGUAUAUGGUUCACAGAUUGUUACUUGCUGCUUUAGGUCGUCGUGAGUUGGACGACAGAGAUCAUUACGGCAAUAAACGUUUGGAUUUGGCCGGACCUUUACUUGCAUUCUUAUUCAGAGGGCUGUUCAAGAAUCUUAUGAAAGAAGUGAGAAUGUACGCGCAAAAAUUCAUUGAUCGUGGCAAAGACUUUAACCUAGACCUUGCCAUAAAGACAAAGCUUAUAACAGAUGGGUUACGUUACUCUUUGGCUACCGGCAAUUGGGGCGAUCAAAAGAAAGCGCAUCAAGCGAGAGCGGGCGUAUCUCAAGUAUUGAAUCGUCUAACCUUUGCCUCCACCCUCUCUCACUUACGACGCGUCAAUUCGCCCAUAGGAAGAGACGGAAAGUUGGCGAAACCGCGUCAAUUACACAAUACACUAUGGGGAAUGAUAUGUCCCGCCGAAACGCCCGAAGGUGCCGCCGUAGGUCUGGUGAAAAAUUUGGCCUUAAUGGCUUACAUUUCUGUCGGGUCUCAACCAUCGCCAAUCUUGGAGUUUUUGGAGGAAUGGUCGAUGGAAAAUUUGGAGGAAAUUGCACCGUCGGCAAUUGCAGAUGCUACAAAGAUUUUUGUGAACGGCUGUUGGGUUGGUAUUCAUCGAGAUCCUGAGCAAUUGAUGUCAACUUUAAGAAAAUUACGUCGCCAGAUGGACAUCAUUGUGUCCGAAGUGUCAAUGAUCCGUGAUAUUCGCGAUCGGGAGAUUCGUAUUUAUACAGAUGCCGGGCGAAUCUGUAGACCUUUGCUAAUCGUCGAGAAUGGGCAGCUUUUGUUGAAAAAACGCCAUAUUGAUAUGUUGAAGGAGCGCGAGUAUAACAACUACGGUUGGCAGGUGUUGGUGGCACAGGGUGUUGUCGAGUAUAUCGAUACCCUUGAAGAGGAAACCGUUAUGAUUGCCAUAUCCCCAGAUGAUUUACGGCAGGAGAAAGAUUACGCUUACUGUACUACAUAUACACACUGUGAAAUUCAUCCGGCAAUGAUUUUGGGAGUGUGCGCUUCUAUCAUUCCAUUCCCGGAUCACAACCAAAGCCCGAGAAACACUUACCAAAGUGCUAUGGGAAAACAGGCCAUGGGUGUAUAUAUUACAAAUUUCCACGUUCGUAUGGACACUCUCGCGCAUGUGUUAUAUUAUCCUCACAAACCACUUGUUACAACACGCUCUAUGGAGUAUCUACGGUUUCGAGAGUUACCUGCUGGAAUUAAUAGUAUUGUCGCGAUCGCAUGUUACACGGGCUACAAUCAAGAAGAUUCAGUUAUUUUGAACGCCUCCGCCGUAGAAAGAGGCUUUUUCAGAUCUGUCUUUUAUCGUUCGUACAAAGAUUCAGAAUGCAAAAGGAUCGGCGAUCAAGAGGAACAAUUUGAGAAACCUACAAGACAAACUUGCCAAGGCAUGAGGAACGCUCUCUAUGACAAGCUCGAUGACGAUGGCAUUAUUUCCCCUGGUAUUCGUGUGUCCGGAGAUGAUGUUGUAAUUGGUAAAACUAUGACUCUUCCUGAAAACGACGACGAGUUAGACGGAACUACGAAGAAAUUCUCUAAGCGGGACGCGUCAACUUUUCUACGUAACAGUGAAACUGGUGUUGUUGAUCAAGUAAUGUUAACACUGAAUUCUGAGGGAUAUAAAUUCUGUAAAAUUCGUGUGCGAUCAGUGCGCAUUCCACAAAUUGGAGAUAAAUUUGCGUCGAGACACGGUCAGAAAGGUACCUGCGGUAUUCAGUAUCGCCAAGAAGAUAUGCCGUUCACAUGUGAAGGUAUUACGCCUGACAUUAUCAUUAAUCCUCACGCUAUCCCGUCCCGUAUGACGAUUGGUCACUUGAUCGAGUGCAUUCAAGGAAAGGUAUCCGCAAAUAAAGGCGAAAUUGGUGACGCGACACCUUUCAAUGAUGCCGUAAAUGUACAGAAAAUUUCCACUUUGCUUCAAGAGUACGGGUAUCACUUGAGAGGAAACGAAGUUAUGUACAACGGCCACACAGGUCGCAAAAUAAACGCACAAAUUUUCUUGGGCCCCACUUACUAUCAACGUCUCAAGCACAUGGUCGACGACAAAAUUCACUCGCGUGCUAGGGGACCAGUACAGAUCCUUGUGCGUCAGCCUAUGGAAGGUCGUGCCCGUGAUGGUGGAUUACGUUUCGGAGAGAUGGAGCGGGAUUGCCAAAUUUCGCAUGGUGCUGCACAAUUUUUAAGGGAGAGACUUUUUGAAGUAUCAGACCCAUACCGCAUUCAUAUCUGUAACUUCUGUGGAUUGAUUGCCAUUGCGAAUUUGAGAAAUAACACAUUUGAGUGCAAGGGAUGUAAAAACAAAACUCAAAUAUCUCAAAUCCGUUUACCCUAUGCUGCUAAAUUAUUAUUCCAAGAACUGAUGAGCAUGAACAUUGCGCCCCGAUUGAUGGUUAUGUAAUAAGUGUAAUUAGUUAUUUCUGAAAUGUAAUGUAAGUACUAGUAUUAUUUGAAUAAAGGUUUUACACAAG